AUGUCGCCAUCAGCGGUGCCACAGUUUCAUGUGAAAAAGAUAGCGAUUAUAGGCGCCGGACCUAGCGGCCUUUCUGCUGCGAAAUAUCUAAGAGCACAAAACUCCUUCGAUUCUAUCGUCAUAUUUGAACAACAGAGAGAAACUGGAGGCAUAUGGAACUUUUCAAAACAUUCACUUCAAUCCACCACAAUCCCGAAAGAUGAUAGACUCAAUUUAACGAACAAUUUCAUCGGCGAUAGCUCAAGAACACUGUCACCGAUUUAUGACCAACUUUACGCCAACAUCCCCGUACCGAUGAUGCAAUUCUCUGAUCAGCAUUUCCCUCAAGGAACUUUAUUGUUCCCUUCACGCGAGACCAUCCAAGGCUAUCUACUUACAUACGCCCAGGAGGUGAUGGGCCUAAUCAAAUUUGGUGUUGAAGUAAGACAGCUGGAACCUCUUUGCGAAGGAACCAGGACCACUUGGGCAAUAGAGGCAAUAUCUGCGCACGAUAACCAGAUCAUACGAGAUACGUACGACGCAGUAGUUGUUGCAACGGGACACUACUCGGUCCCAUUUAUUCCAGACGUUAAAAACAUCAAGGAAUUCAUGGAAGCAUAUCCGUCUGUCAUAUCGCACUCCCGCGACUAUCGUUCGCCCACUUCCUUCAAAGAUAAGAAGACCAUAGUCGUGGGCAACGGAGCCUCGGGUACCGAUAUCGCCCUCCAAAUCAAUCGAGUAUCACAUCAAAAAACCAUGGUCUCCGUGAGAUCACCAACGCCUCAACCACGACUAGCCUAUAUGGCUUGUGAAGAAGUUCCAGAAAUCGAAGAAUUUCUUGUCGAUCAAAGAGGAAUCCGAUUCAAGGAUGGGAGAAUAGAGACCCAGAUUGAUGCUGUGAUCUUCUGCACAGGAUUCUUAUACGACUAUCCCUUUCUUCGUGAUCUAAAUAAGAAGCUAAUCACGACUGGCGGCGGCGUACAUGGACUUUACAAGCAUAUAUUCUGCAUUGAUCACCCAACGCUAGUUUUCCCAGCACUCAAUGUGAAAACUGCGCCCUGGCCACUUUCUGAGGCACAAGCUGCUGUGUUUUCUGCUGUAUGGUCCAACAAUAUUCAGCUCCCCUCAAAAGACAAAAUGCGAGAAUGGGCCAAGAAGCUUUACGAAGAUGAAGGCGAGCAGCUGCACAUAUUUCGUACAUCAUCAUCUGAUGGUGUAUACAUCAAUGAACUUUACGAUUGGGCUAAGCUCAAGUUUGAAAAGGAUGGUUACAAAGCGACUAGUCUUGAAGAGCUCGGAUUCUACUACGAAGAGGAUUGGAGGACAAAGGUGUAA